AUGGAGUACCGAGAAUUCGUGGAGACGCACGGCAUUCUCCUGGCGGCGGCUGGAUUGCCGGCCGAUCUGUAUGGUAAGCUCCACCACAAGCUCGUCAACGAUGUCCUGGACGGUGGGAGUGUGUUUGAGAUCGAGGAGUGCGAGAAUGGGAGGCAGCGGCGGCUCCUUCUCGCCGGCGAUGGGAUCGGCAAGGAAUCGGAUGUGUUCCUUGUUGAUCAUGCCUGGUCAUUCCGGCUCCCCGAUGCUCGCAAGCAGCUUGAAACUAUUCCAGGACUAGCGGAGAGAAUGGCGAAGCUUAUGUGCGUCGCUGGCGAUCAGGACGAUCAAGAGAAUGAGAUUGAUCCAGAUGAAUCUCACGAAGACAAGGAAGAAGAGCUUGCAAAGAAAUUAGGUGGCGAUGAAGAGCCUUUGUGGCUAGAGCUCGAUGAACUGGGAAUCGACGAUGAGAAGCUGGAGUCUCUAGAUCUUGCGACUGCAUGUCCGAAUUUAAUCGCUCUCAGUCUUUGGGGGAACGGACUCGAAUGCGCGGACGUGCUACUUAAUGUGCUCUCUAGUUUACGCUCUUUGCGAGGGCUCUGGGUGAAUGAAAAUCCCGUAGCUUCAAGCGAAGUGAUUCUGAAAGAUUUACCGGACGCUUGUCCAAGCUUGGAGAUUUACAACUCCAAGCUUCUUGGAGAUUUUGGCUGGUGGUCGAUUGGGUUUUGCUGCGGAUUGAUUGAUUCAGAGAAUCCACUUGGAAGCGAAGGUUUGCUGGAAAAUGUGGAGAAUAUUGACCUUUCUAAUCGUGGUAUCAGAAAGCUUCCAACGAAGGGAUUUAAUCACGUAGUACUGCCAAAGCUUACGAGUCUUAAUUUGCGGGGUAAUUCCUUUGAGGACGUAUCAAGCGGUGACCUCUUGCAAGCUCUGAAGUCGUUUCCUUUGUUGAAAUCUUUAGAGAUUGAUAUUCCCGGUGCACUUGGUAAUAGUGCAUUGAAACUCAGUAAUGAUCUGCCUAAGCUGUUAGAGAUAAAUGGCGUGGCUGUAGUGAAAAUUCUGGAAGAAGAGAAGGAUUUUGUGGAUACUCGCCUCAAACAACGUUUUCCUCUCUGGAGUCCAGAGGAGCCACUUUCAGAACGUGUUCUUCGAGCGAUGUGGAGAUAUAUAAUGACAUACAGAUUAGCUGACGAAGUGAAGCUGGAUGAGAUGCCAGUGUGGUAUGUUAUGGAUGAACUUGGGUCUGCUGUGAGACAUAGUGAUGAGCCAAACUUGAAAUUUGCUCCAUUCAUGUUUCUUCCUGAUGGGUCAAUGAACUCAGCUGUGAGCUAUACUUUAAUGUGGCCUACCAAAAACAUUACAAAAGGUGAAGAAUGCACCAGAGACUAUCUUUUAGGAUUUGACGAGAAAAAACAGCGAUCUGCACGUCUAACUGCAUGGUUUCAUACUCCAGAAGCAUACUUUGAACAGGCAUACAAAGACCAUCACCAAAAAAUUCAUCCUUCAAAGAGGCCGACUGAUAUUAUUUCAACAUCACAGCAUUCAAAUGGAAACAAGAGGCAUUUCACUGUUUAUAGUGAUAUACCUCAGGUCAUGGACUUUCUGAAUCGUCCUGAAUUUACUCUAAUUGACGAUCCAAGCAAGGCCGAUAUCAUCUGGGCAAGCUGGCAAGUUGACGAAGAAGCUUGUAAAGCGUUUGGUCUGAACCAAGACCAGUUUACUAAUCAGUUUCCUUUCGAAGCCUGCAUUGUUAUGAAGCACAACCUUGCAGAAACCAUGCGAUUGGCGUAUGGAAACCCGGAAUGGCUUCCCACUACUUACAACUUGGAAUCCCAUUUAGCUGCUCUCAUUGGGGACUAUAAUGCCAGAGAGAAGCGUGGCGACGAUAAUCUGUGGAUUCUCAAACCAUGGAAUAUGGCUCGUACAAUUGACACGACGGUGACAAGGUCCCUGCCAGCGAUAAUACGACACAUGGAAACCGGGCCGAAGAUUUGUCAAAAGUACAUCGAAACUCCUGCUCUUUUUCGUGGCAAGAAGUUUGAUCUACGCUACGUUGUCUUGUUGCGUUGUUUGCAACCCCUGGAGCUGUUCUUGUGCGAUGUCUUCUGGAUUCGACUGGCUUUGAAUGACUACACUUUGGACGAGAGCAGUUUGUCCGAGUACGAAACUCAUUUUACUGUCAUGAAUUAUAGAAACAAGCUGAAUCACGUCAACACCCACGAUUUUGUUCCGGAGUUUGAAAAGGAGCACAACGUGAACUGGCGUGACAUACACGAGCGUGUCAGGAAGAUGUUGCGAGCUGUUUUCGAAGCAGCAUCGACUAUCCACCAGGAAAUGUACAGCCCCAAGUCCAGAGCAAUUUAUGGUGUGGAUAUUAUGCUGGAUUCUAACUUUCAUCCCAAACUGCUGGAGGUCACUUACUGUCCAGAUUGCACAAGAGCGUGCAAAUACGACGUGAAGAAAGUUGUGGGCGAUAACACCGUGAUGAAGGGUGUUGAUUUCUUUAACAACGUUUUUGGUUGCCUCUUCCUCAACGAAGCUCAAGACAUGACUCCACUUUAAAAGGCGGCAUGAGCAGGAAUGAAGUGUCGAGCUGUUCUAUCGACUUGUUUCCAGCGAUGGGUGAUCUCGAUUUACAGACAAAGCUCAAGGUUCAAUGAGAAAA